AUGGUGGUAAACGGACAGUGUCCAGUGACAAGACUUGUAGAGAAGAUGAUUCGUAUAGAAGAUGGGGAUAAUCAGACGGUGUCCGGUGACAAGAUUCGUAUAGAAGAUGGUGGUGAACAGAGAGUGUCCGGUACCAAGAUUCUGAAAGAAGAUGGUGGUAAAGGGACAUUCUUCAGUGACAAAACUCGUAAAGAAGAUGGUGGUAAACGGACAGUGUCCGGUGACAACAUUCGUAUAGAAGAUGGGGUGUCCGGUGACAAGACGUGUAGAGAAGAUGGUGGUAAACGGACAGUGUCCGGUGACAAGACUUGUAGAGAAGAUGGUGGUGAACAGAGAGUGUCCGAUGACAAGACUUGUAGAGAAGAUGGUGGUAAACCGACAAUGUCCCGUGACAAGACGUGUAGAAAAGAUGGUGGUGAGCAGAGAGUGUCCGGUGACAAGACUUGUAAAGAAGAUGGUGGUAAACGGACAGUGUCCGGUGACAAGACUUGUAGAGAAGAUGGUGGUAAACGGACAGUGUCCGGUGACAAGAUUGGUAUAGAAGAUGGGGGUAAACAGACGGUGUCCGGUGACAAGAUUCGUAUAGAAGAUGGUGGUAAACGGUCAGUGUCCGGUGAAAAGACGUGUAGAUAA